AUGGAGUGCCUCUAUGGUUUUGCAUCUUCUGUUACGAGAGAUUUAGUGUGUGGAGCAUUAAAUCAAUUACGUUAUCCUUGCUGUUUUAACAAUUUCAUAAGAAAACUUGAGAAAGAAGAGGACGAUUUGAUUGUAACUAGAGAUGGUGUCAAAAAGUUUGUUGAACAUGCCAAGAGACAAACGAGAAAGACUAGUGAACUUGUUGAUACGUGGUUGGAAAAUGCUAACAGUGACGUUGACAAUGUGAAUCAACUGCUGAAAGAGGCAAGAACAAAAAAGAUUUGUUGCCUUGGGCACUGUCCAAAUUGGAUUUGGCGAUACCGUGUGGGAAAAAAGUUAGCAAAUAAAACUGUGGACCUUGAAAAGUUCAUUGAAGAGGGUAGAAAAUAUGUACCAUUGGACCGCAUUGCUACACUUCCUUCAGGCAUCCUUGAUAUUCUCUCCGAAAAAUGCAUGAAUUUUGAGAGUAGACAAUCUGCAUAUGAGCAACUACUGGAAGCAGUGAAAAGUGAUGAUGUUGCCAUGAUUGGGUUGUAUGGGAUGGGGGGUUGUGGUAAAACCACAUUAGCAAUGGAAGUUAGGAAGUUAGCAGAAGCAGAACAUCUUUUUUACAAAGUUCUUUUUGUGCCUGUGUCUAGUACAGUGGAUGUUCGAAGGAUCCAAGAAAAGAUUGCAAGUUCAAUGCAGUAUACAUUUCCAGAAAAUGAAGAAAUGGAGAGAGCCCAACGAUUGUGCUUGAGAUUAACCCAAGAAAAGAAUAUUCUUCUGAUUUUAGAUGAUGUGUGGGAGAAGCUUGACUUUGGCCGCAUUGGGAUUCCCUCCUCUGAACACCAUGAAGGUUGCAAGAUUCUCAUUACCACUAGAUCAGAAGAAGUUUGUACUUCAAUGGAUUGUCAAAGAAAGAUUUACUUGCCAAUUUUAACGGAUGUAGAAGCAUGGACUCUUUUUCAAAAUAAAGCACUUAUAUCUGAAGAUACCCCUAAUACCAUAAAGCAUUUGGCAAGAUUAAUUUCUGAUGAGUGUAAAGGGUUGCCUGUUGCCAUUGCAGCGGUUGCUUGUAGUUUGAAAGGAAAAGCUGAAUCAAUAUGGAGUGUUGCAUUGAAUAAAUUGAGAAGUUCUAAGCCAAUAAAUAUUGAAAGAGGUUUGACUGAUCCUUACAAGUGCUUGCAAUUGAGCUAUGAUAAUUUGGAUACUAAAGAAGCUAAAUCACUUUUCCUGUUAUGUUCUGUAUUCCCUGAAGAUUCUGAAAUACCACUUGAACUUUUAACCAGAUGUGCAAUAGGCUUAGGUGUAGUUGGCGAAACUCACUCAUAUGAAGAGGCAAGGAUUGAAGUGAUUGCAGCUAAAAUUAAGCUCGUAAGUUCUUGUUUAUUGUUGGAUCAUAACAAUGAUGAUGAUGAAGAAUGUGUCAAAGUGCAUGACAUAGUUCGUGAUGUAGCCCACUUGAUAGCAAAGAGUGAGAAUAAGGUCAUAAAGUGCGAAAUAGAAAAAGAUGUGACUUUGGACCAAAAUCCAGUAACAUAUCUAUGGUGUGAGAAAUUUCCAAAUGAUUUGGACUGUUCCAAUCUUGAGUUUUUAUGCAUACUGAAGUUGGAAGAUUUAGAUAGAAUUUUCGAAAGAAUGGGAAUGGUCAGAGUUUUGAUUCUUGUCAAUCAAAAGAAGGAAAAACUACCAUUAUCAACCAUGUCUUUCAAAACAUUAACAAAUCUCCGUUGUCUAAUCCUUUUCAAUUGUGAAUUGAGCGAUUUCUCAUUUGUAAGAGAUAUGAAGAAACUUCAAAGUCUUUCGUUGAAUUGUUGUUCGUUGCCUUCAUUCCUUGAAUUACAAACCGAUGUUGCAGUUACACAACUAACAACAUUAAAAUUGCUAGAGUUGAAUAAAUGUGAUAUUAAAGGGAAGAAUUUUGAAGUGAUCAAAAGAACUCCACUACUAGAAGAGUUGUACAUUGUUGAUAUUGAAGGAGAAUGGGAAGUUGACAGCGAAGACACUAUUGAAUUCUUUGACACAUUUAGUGUCCCUCAAACACUGCAAAGGUAUGGAAUUGUAUUAGGAUCCGAUAAUUUUUAUGAAUAUGAUGAAGAAGAAUUUUGUUCUCAUCAGAGAACCUUAUUGCUAAACUUUUUUCAGAUAUCAAAUGAGGUAAUUAAGGGUUUGGCAAAAAAAGCAAAGGAUCUAUUUCUAGCAAAUAUUCAGGGAAGUGUAAAAAAUAUCGUUCCUGAUAUAUUUGAAAUUGAAGGAGGAGGUAUGAACGAGGUGAAUAAGCUAGAGAUACGCAGUUCUGAAAAGAUAGAGUGUUUGAUUGACACUAGUAAUCAUUUGAGUGAGGUGACAACCCCUUUCUCCAAGUUGAAUACGCUGAGAAUUGGUAAGAUGAAACAUCUAAGAGCUUUAUGGCAAGGUUUUCUACCUGUCAAUGGGCCAUUUGAGAACUUAGAAAAGCUAUAUUUAAGUGAUUGUCCAGGGUUCACAUCUCUCUUCACAUACUCUGUUGCUCGAAGUUUAGUUCAAUUGAAAACAUUAAAAAUAUCAAGAUGUGAUGGACUGAAGCAUAUAUUAGCAGUUGAUGACAAAACGGAGAAAAGGCAUGAUGAAUUUACAAGUGGGAAUCUUGUACAAAUCGUAAUCUUCCAGAAUCUUGAAGAAGUAGAGGUAAGAGAAUGUACACAAUUAAAACAUAUAUUCUCAGCCAGCAUUGUAGGAGGCUUAACUCAAUUGAAAGUGCUCAAGAUAGAAAAAUGUGACAUGCUAGAUCAAAUAAUUGGAGAUAUUGUUCCAUCAGCAGACCAGGAUGGAAAAGAACUUGAUGAAAUAAUUGAGGAAGGUAAGCAUCCACCUUUGUAUAAUCCCCAUCUUGAGUCUAAUCAAUUGGAUGUUUUCCCAGAAAGCACUUCAAUUCCAUCAACAACAGUUGUGAAGCAUAGCUCAGGAACUCUAUCCAGCCUUGCAACCCUUAGGAUAAUACAUUGUCCUAAGUUGGGCUCAAUAUUCACAGCAUCUACAACUAAGAUCGUCAUUUCUUUGGAAGAAUUGUUCAUAGAAGACUGCCAUAGUUUGGAGCAUAUAGUAGCUCAUGAAAGAGUAAGAAAAAAUCAGAAGGAAAACAUUGCUGAGGUUGAUCAUGACUUUCAAAGUGAUAUUUCAAUCUUCCAAAGUUUGAAAAAGCUACAUAUUAGUAGAUGUGAAUUAUUGCAACGUAUACUCCCUGUCUCUUUUGUUGGAGGUAUGACGAAUUUGAAUGAUAUAAGAAAUAAAGAGGCUGUUGAUUUGAAUGAUUUUUCAAGUCCAAAUAAUUUUGAAGACAAUUCUUGUCACCAACAACAAAAUAAUACUCCGAUUGAGCUUCCAGCCUUAGAAGUUCUCGUACUAGAUGAUAACCUGGAUAGUAUCAUUCUAGACAGUAAUCAUGUGAGAUGUCCAUCUUUGAGAACACUAUCAUUUGGUAUUGGGAGAUAUGUUGGGUUUUUCACUACAAAGUGUUCAACAGAUGCUUCGAAUGCUACACUCGGGGAUUAUAUUGCAAUCAAGAUAUCAAACUCGGAUUCUAUUCACUCAGUGGAAAGUGCUCAAGAUCUUCCAAAACAACCACAAGGUUUGAACUUGCUUAUUAUGAAGAAUAUUAAAGAUAUUAAAUUGAAAGGCUUUGAUAAGGUAAAGUACCUUUUUAAGUUAUCCGUUGCUUCUUCAUUGAUGUUGGAAUUUUUGACAAUUGAGAAAUGUCCUGGACUUGAGCACAUUAUAAACACUAAUGAUGAAUAUGACAAAGAGAAUUUGAAUGCUAUCUUCCCAAACUUAAGACACUUCUCAGUACGUGAUUGUGGCCAAUUGGAAUAUAUGCUUGGCCAAUAUCCCGUAGCUAAUCAGGAUUAUAAGGAGAUUCAUAUUCAUUUCCCGGCACUGGAAACACUCUCUCUUCAUAACCUACCAAAUUUUGUUAGCUUUUGUGCUACUAACAAUCUCUCUGUGACAUGGCCAUCUUUGAAGAAGCUUGUGUGUGAUGGAUGUUCCUAUCCUUUUAAUGAUUCUAUUAGUUGUUUGACAGUUCCUAUGGAUUCAAGAGAGCCUAUUAGCACAAGUAGGAAGGAUCCAAAAGGGAUUCAGACCAAUUUCCUCACUUUGCAAACUCUACACAUAACGAAUGCUGAAGUAGAAGAUGUUUUUUGUCUUAAUGGACAUCGAAUGAUUGGACAACAAGUGAGUUUAAGGUUAGAAAAUUUGCUGUUGCGAAAUCUACCUCAAAUGACUUAUAUUUGGCUGGCUUCCAAGAAUUCAGUUACCCUCCAACAUCUUAUCAGAUUAGAAAUAGUGGGAUGUGCAAAAUUGGAAGUAAUCUUCCCUCCCUCUAUUUUAAGAAGCUUACCAGAGUUGGAGUCCCUUGACAUAAGAGAAUGCAUGGAAUUAAAGCAGAUCAUGGAAGAGGACGCGGACAAUAAAAAAUUGUCCAAUCUUCUUUCUACACAGCCAUGCUUCCCAAAACUAGUAAGGUUGUUCGUUGCGGAAUGCCACAAAUUGAAACGUUUGUUAUCUUCAUCUAAUGAUCUUCCUAACCUGAAGUUUUUAACUAUAAAUGGAGCCUCUGAACUCGAAGAGAUUAUUGGAUGUGAACAAGGGGCUUCAAAUAAUUAUUUUAGCUUCCCAAAUCUUAAAAAAUUAGAAAUAAUUGGAUGUACAAAAUUGGAAGUGAUCUUUCCAAAGUUUGUUUUAAGAUGCCUACCAGAGUUGAAUUGUCUGGAGAUAAAAGAAUGCAAAGAAUUAAGACAAAUCAUCGAAGAGGAUGUGGGGGAUAAAAAGUUGUCUAAUCUUCUUUCUCCUCAACCAUGCUUCCCAGGACUAGAAGCGUUGCUUGUUGAACAAUGCCACAAGUUGAAAAGAUUUUUCUCUGGAUCUGCAUCUAAUGACCUUCACAAUCUACGACUUUUGAUCAUAAGUGGAGCGUCUGAACUGGAAGAGCUUAUUGGAGGUGACGAGAAAGGAAAGACUAAAGUCGAGCUUCCAAGACUGAAACUUAUAAUAUUUAUGCAUCUUCCAAACUUUCUCCAAGAGAUUGAAUUGUUGAGUGUGAAGAAUUGCAUUGUCAACGAAUGUCCAAAACUCUCAUUGACUUCAACAACUACUCUUGUGAAGCUCCGUGAAAAAUUUCCUUAUAAAGAUUUCGAAAACACUGAACUACGACGGUGGUACUUCGACGAGUUGAUUAGAAACUUAGAUAAAGAUUCUAGCACUGAGUUGCCUUCAUCGCAGAUUAAUGAAAAACCAAAGAUGGAAUUCAUUGAGAAAGAUCCUGGUUCAGAGGUAUUGGGUACUACAACUUCAACGGAUUCAAAGCAUAACGAAAGGCCAUCCCUUAGUCCCUUGGAUAUUUGUCAACACGAAACACAUUCACAGGAGAUUGGGGAAUUAGGAAAUGAGAACAUUAAAGAGGGGCCUGCAGCAGAGGGAGCUAAGACAAAAUCUUUGUCAGCUGGUGUUGAAGACAUUAGCUUCAGAGAUGGUGCUGCAACUUAUAUCGAAUCUAGUGGCCUGGACAUACUUGCACAUGAUUCUAAGGUUGUUGAACAAGAUGAUAAGAUGAAUGAAGGCACGACAAGGGUAAUGCCAAGCCAAGAAAUCCAAGUACAAGAAGGGUUGAACUUAUUGGGUAAACAACGGGGAAUAGAGACUGUUUCUAACAACAUCAUUGAUACUUCUCCAGCUUCUAAAGAUAUCCGUACAAGAUUGGGAGCAUAUAAACAAUUUGUUGAUCUGGAUGAUACACAAAUUGCUCUGCUGGUAGAGGCAAUAACAACAUAUCCUCAUCUUUGGAAUGCUUGUGAAAAGUUUAGUGAGCGCUUUCAAGCUUGGAGGUUGAAAAUUUUGGCAGAUAUGUUGUGUUUCCUUCAUAAUGAAAUUGUCGAUAGUGUUAUUCCUCAAAAAGAAAAAAAGUUCCAUAAACUAUGCGAUGAAGCUAUUGAAAUUGGAUUUGAGUGUUCGUGGGUAGAUGAAAUGCGUCAACGUGUUGUGGCUAGGGAUCCUGAGCUGGGAGAGGACAUUGCACAGGGACAAAUAGAUGAGAAUUGUAAAAGGUCUAGUGGUGCAGAUAUGGUACCAUAUUCCCAGGUUGUUGAACAAGUUGAUGUGUGCAAUGAAAACAGGAUCGAAACUUCUCCAUACCUAAAGAUCCAGAAUGUUAACAGUAACUUCCAAGAAGGUUCUAACUUGAUUGAUAAAGAAGGUGAGAUUGGUGAUGUUUCUAAUGACUGCAUUGUGGCUCUGAGACAUGAAGAACCAGUGAAGGAGUAUGGUGCAAAAGCUUCCACUUCAGAAAUACCAAGGAUAGACACUUUAUUAAAAAACUCACAACCAGUUGAUGGGCCAUCUACAAGUUAUUUGAAUAUUCCUCUACGUGAAACACACUCAAAUGGGUUGCUGGACAAACAAUGGGGUAAUGAACCGUGUUUGAUGAACCAUCAAAAGCCACUUGGAGAAAUUAAUAUUAAACGAGUUGCUGUAGGUGAAACCAUAGCAAAGAACACCAAUAUGGCAGCUUCAUCAGUGCAUUCCGAAUCACAUCCACAUAGUGAAAGUGAAGGUCAUCCUAAAAUUGUUCAAGGCUUUGGGGACAAUGAUAUCAUUAGGUUAUUUUCAUCUCUGACUGUGGGAGAGGGUGAAGAUAACCGAGUUGGAAAGACCCUUGUCGAUCUAGAAAAGUAUCUGAAGAUGUCUCUGAAGGACAUAGUUAGCUCUGAGACUAACACCCUUCACGUUUUGACUGCUCUUAAAUUUCUGUCCAACCUUCCUUUUAAGGAUGUAACACUAUCAGAUGGACUGAAAGAUGUUAUAGACUCUAUGCACCAAGAGUUCCCAAGCAUUAUACGUUCCUUCAAACAAGGCUUUGCUACUACUGACAAGUUUACUGUACUUGAAACUCGUCAGAAUGAGGUGGCCAUUACUCUCUUUUCCAAAAUUUCUGAGGCAGGGCAUUUCAUGGAUGAAGCUAAACAGAAGGAAAUAAUUUUGAAGGAACAAGUGAUUAGGUUGAAGGAAGAAAUAAAAGUUUGCGAGGCUGCCUUAUCAUCCCUUGAAGAAGAAAAAAAUAAAUGCAUUACGGAAACCGUAGGAUACAAAAAGGAACUUGAAAAUGUGAGGAAAGACAAAUCUCAAACAGUGGAAGAUCAAAGGAAAGUUCGACAAGAAUUGUUUGAGGUGGCUUAUAAAUGGUCGGUUUUAUGUAGUCAGUUUGAGCAAAAUCUCGUGCCUGCUAGAAAUCCCUCGUGA